AGUUCCCCGCUGCUGUCGUGCUGUCGUGCUGUCAUGUUGUCUCACAGGAACUAAAUAGACAGAGAGAAAGAAAACAGAGAGGGGAGAAGGAGGGAGAGGAUAGCUGAAUCCCAGGCUAGGCACCGUGACAACGCAACGUCGACUCGUCCUCAAUUCCAUCCUCCUCCAACAAGUGAUCAACAGGUACCGCGUACUAAGAUCGACGAGCUAGGUAGUAAUACCUCGAGGCAGCCACACCGAUCAUGGCAGGACCGAAGAGGAAGGCGAAGAAGGGCGUCAAGUCUAGCGUCCAGGAGAAGGUCGUAUCGGACUGGGCCCGCUACUUUGGACCGGGCGAUCUUCCCGAUUGGCAACGCUUGAUGGCGGAUCUGGGCUUCGAGGAGCAGUUCGCCAGUAAGACCCAGUGUCGAAAGGCUCUCAAGGGCGUCUGGGUCAACAUCGUCGAUUUCCUCGACAAUGUCGAGGCGGGUUGCGCGCCCCACCGCUUUCCAAAUAGCACCCAGCUCGCUAAGUAUACGAGAAAUAGCGGGAAGAUUUACCCUAAACGUCACAUACAGGAGAAGAGUCCGCUUCGAAGCCUACUUGCCCACAUUUUCUAACGUGGGGCGGGAAGGACGGGUAAGGCAUCCCCGUCAGUCUCGGAAUAUUGUCAGGCACCCCUGAUUGGGAAUAUUGUAUGCU